CUGGAAACCAGACAACGGAGACGCCAUGGAGUAUCAGCGGCGGCCGGUGGGCUCGGCAAAGAAAGCUCUUUCCAGUAGAUCUGGCUCCCUUCCAUCAGCUUCAGGAGAGAAAGCUCCUCCAGAUUUACUUGCUAAAGAAGAAGAGUACAAGAAAUUAAAUGCAGAGCUGGAAGCAAAAACAGCUGAACUGGUUCGGCAAGCUGAAGAAGUUAUGAAGGGACAAGAGGAAAUACUGUCUCAAUCAAGACCACAGUAUGAAACAACUGAACCAAUAGACAAAGCAAAUCUGAGGGAAUUAUUUUCUUCUGAUGGAUUGUUUAUUGAAAAUGAAGUAACAAAGAACAGAAGUAAGAUUGGAUUGAGGAACUUGGAGCAAAGCAGAUCAUGUUCUGCAAACAAAGGGAAGAAAAUUACUAGUGCUAAACAUAAAACUGUUGAAUUGCACAUGGCUGAUGAUGUUGCGGUUUUAGAGGACUUUUCCAAUUUCUCCCUUGCAAAGACAAUUAGCAAAAUUGAAGGUCAGCUAGAGGAUGGAGCUCCUGCUGAUAUAGAAAAUGUGAUGCCCAGCACUGGCAAUGAAAUGAGCACAGAGGCUCAGAUACGAUUUCUGAAAGCAAAACUAAGAGUAAUGCAGGAGGAAUUGGAUAGACUAGCUCAUGAAUACAACAAGAAGGAUGAUGAAAAUAACACCUUGUCUAGUCGUGUCAGGGAAGCAGAGGAAGAACGCAACAGAUUACAGAAGACAACAAGCAUCCAGCAGACUCAGAUUGAGAAAUAUAAAAGUUUGGCGGAUGAGGCACAAAGAAAAAGUGAUGGUUUACAACAACAAGUGUUUUCUUUGCGAAAGGAAUUAGACAGCCAGAAAAGAGCCCAGAAGCAAUUUGCUACAAACCAUAGUGCUACAGAGGUUCGCCUGAACAGGGCAUUAGAAGAAACUGAAAAAUACAAAGCAGAACUUAAUAAAUUGAAGCAGAGUAAUAAGGACAUAACUAAUCAAGAAAAACUAAUGAUUGAUCAGCUGAAGACUGAAAACAAGAAGUUGGAAAAGCAGAAAACUGAACUUAUGACUGGCUUUAAGAAACAGAUGAAGCUGAUAGACAUCCUAAAAAGGCAAAAGAUGCACAUGGAAGCUGCUAAGAUGCUCUCCUUCACAGAGGAAGAAUUUAUUAAAGCGUUGGAAUGGGGAAACUGAUUGGAAGGAAAAACAACAGAGUAAUAGGUUAAUAUGGUAAAACAUAUUUGAAUGCCAAGUCUGUUAAUUGUUUAAUAUUAUGUAAUUA